AUGAAGGGUAGAGUGCAAUGGAAAAGGAAGUAUGUGCAUAAGAAAAACAGUGGUAAUGUAAGAAUAGAUGAUGAGUUGGUGAGGUUGCGUUGUAACCUCUCAUCUCCUCCUCCUUCAUUAGCUAUGAACAAUAUCAUGUUUAUUCAUAAACUUGAAGCACUUUCGAUGCAUGCGUACGUGAAAGCUCCGUUGUGGGCUUUUGAUGUAAUCAAGUACUUGACGUUAAUCUGGCUCAGGGCUGCUUUUGCUCGUGUGUGUCAUGAAUCUGAAUGUUCCGAGGAUGAAAGGAAGAAAAGGGUUGGAUCAUUCAAGAAGGUGGCCAUCAGCGCCUCAUCUAAGUUCAAGAGUUCCUUUACCAAGAAGGGGCGGAGGCACAGCAGGGUUAUGUCUGUUUCUAUUGAGGAUAAUCUGGAUGCAGAAGAGUUGCAAGCAGUUGAUGCUUUUCGCCAAGCACUUAUCUUGGAAGAGCUAUUGCCCUCAAGACAUGAUGAUCACCAUAUGAUGCUAAGAUUUUUGAGAGCAAGGAAGUAUGACAUUGAGAAAACAAAACAAAUGUGGGGAGAUAUGCUUAAGUGGAGGCAGGAAUUUGGUGCAGACACUAUCAUGGAGGAUUUUGAAUUCAAGGAACAAGAUGAAGUUCUAAAAUACUACCCACAAGGGCAUCAUGGGGUUGACAAGGAUGGCAGACCUGUUUACAUUGAAAAGUUGGGUCAGGUUGACUCUACCAAGCUGAUGCAAGCAACAACAAUGGAUCGUUAUCUCAAGUACCAUGUCAGGGAGUUUGAGAGGACCUUUGCUGUUAAGUUACCUGCUUGUUCCAUUGCAGCAAAGAAGCACAUUGACCAAAGCACAACUAUUUUGGAUGUGCAAGGAGUGGGUCUUAAAAGUAUGAACAAAGCCGCAAGAGAUCUCCUCCAGAGGCUUCAGAAGAUUGAUGGUGACAACUAUCCUGAGUCACUGAACCGUAUGUUCAUCAUCAAUGCUGGUUCUGGAUUUAGGCUCUUGUGGAACACCGUUAAGUCAUUCCUAGAUCCCAAAACCACCGCGAAAAUCCAUGUCCUAGGUAACAAAUACCAGAGCAAGUUGCUUGAAAUCAUUGAUGCCAGUGAACUUCCAGAAUUUUUGGGUGGCACUUGUACUUGCGCAGAUAAAGGUGGUUGCAUGCUUUCUGACAAGGGGCCGUGGAAUGACCCAGAUAUCCUCAAGAUGGUUCAAAAUGGGGAGGGCAAAUGCAAGAGACGGACCUUGUCUGGGAUUGAGGAGAAAACAAUGAUAGAAGAUAAGACAACACAUAAAAAUGCAGGAAACAAAGAAUCAUAUCCACAGACAUAUGAUGCUGAUGUGCCAUGUUUAUCUCCAAAAGUGGUAAAGCCUGUGUAUAAAUAUGACGACUUUGUUCCUGUGCUUGGCAAGCCAGUCGAUUCAUCUUGGAAUAAAUUAAUGAAGAAUGACAAUGGUGCACUUUCUAAAGAUUGUUUUCCUAGCAAUGUGAAUACCAAUCACUUUCUUGGCGGAAUCAUGGCCUUUGUUAUGGGAAUUGUUACCAUGAUCCGCAUGACAAAGAACAUGCCAAGGAAACUGAAUGAAGCAACGCUGUAUGGCAGCUCAGGAUAUUACGAUGGCACCAUGAUGAAAGCGGCCACCAUCUCACGCGAUGAUUACAUAACCGUUAUGAAGCGCAUGGCUGAACUGGAAGAGAAAAUCAUUGUCCUCAGCAAGAGACCUGUCAUGCCACCCGAAAAGGAGGAAGUGCUGAAUAAUGCUCUAAACAGAGUCACCACUCUCGAAGAAGACUUGGUUGCAACCAAAAAGGCACUUGAUGAUGCCCUAGCUCGACAAGUACAACUCCAAGCUCAAGUUGACAAGAAAAAGAAGAAGAAGUUGUUACGCUUCGGCUGUUUUGCUGCUUGA